CCGUUCUAAACUCUGUGUGGUUCUGUUCCAAGUUCAGCCAGGAGCUCGAGCCUAGUGCGUUGGUCCGUUGCCCACCAUGGGUUUUGUGCGAGGGCCUCGGCGUCACCAACGCCAACGCUGCCCACCCCACUUCCAGAGAUACAGAGCAGCCAAUGCCUUGGUGUUUAUGCCACCACCUAUUUUCUCUCCACCAUCUGAUGUACGACAGAACUUCCACACUGACUGCGAGGCCGCUAUCAACAGACAUGUCCGGCUGCAGCUCUCCACCUCCUACGUCUACCUAUCCAUGUGCUUCUACUUUGAUCGUGAAGAUGUGGCCCUGGAGAACUUCUCACGCUACUUCCUAAACAAGUCCCACGAGUGUACUCGCAAUGCUGAGAUAUUUCUGGCCCUGCAAAACCAGCGCGGCGGUCGCAUCUCUCUCCGCACCAUCUACAAGCCAGACUGUGACAACUGGAUAGGCGGCCUCCCAGCCAUGGAGCGUGCCUUCCAGUUGGAGCUGCACCUCAACCAAAGCCUUGUGGCCAUGUACCAGCUCGCGGCCAGAAAAAGAGACGGCCAUCUGUGUAGCUUCCUGCAGACACACUUUCUGCGCAAGCAAGUUGCAGUCCUCAAGGAGAUGAGCAGCUUCCUGAUCAGCAUGCGCCAGAUGGGAUCUCCAGAAGUUGGCAUGGCUGAGUAUCUCUUUGGAAAACUUAGCCUGGGUGACAACCCCAAAGAGAAGUGAGCUGGAGCUUUGCUCCUGACCUGAAGUCUUCUUCAGGGUACCAGGCUGGACCCUCAUCUUGUCCUUCCAGCUCUAUGACCUUCCCCUUUGACCAUUUAACCAUUUGACCAUUUGACCUUUGACCAUUAUUUCAAAUAAAGUUAGUUUGGCACCAAAGAAAA